CUAUUGCUAUCAUCAGGUUAAUGUCAAAGCAAAGUGUCAACGACAGUUCGUGUUGUCAGCUGUGUCGUUUGUGCAGUAGUUAGCGAUAUUUAAAAUUAUUUUUAAUUAUUUUGAGAGAAAUGUCUAACGAAAACGCGUUGGAUUUACACCAUGUUCACCAGAGUUUUCAGAGGAGUCUCAAAGAAGAAGACGACGUUGUUAUCGAAGCUUACAUAGACGGUUACAAUGAAUUAGUGAAGUUCCUCAAUCUGAUAGGAUCAGUAUUCUCAUUCGUAAGCAGUGAUGUCAAAAGUAAAAUUAAAAUAAUGGAGAAGCACAGAGAGGGAGACGAUGCAGUACAUUACGAUUCAUUCAAGAAAAUGAUGACGUAUGAAAAAGAGACAAAGUUAUGUGACAAAAAUGGAUUUGUGUCUGGCUCCCGGACAAUGCUGCGUUUGCAUCGUGGUUUGGACUUCAUACGAUUGUUCCUGAAGCGCCUGAGUGAAGCUGACGAGGACAUGAACACUUGUACCACAUGCCAGGGCUCCUAUAACGAGACCCUGGCGAACUUCCAUCCCUGGUACAUUAGGAAGGCAGCUACACUGGCCAUGCAUGCCUUGCCGUCGAGACCUGAUCUAUUGAAAAAGAUCUUCGGUACAGACGAGAGUUUAACAGCAGCACUAGCCAUCUUACCACAGACGCUCACAUCUUGCGACGAGGUGUACGCUCGCGUCGAAAAACUAUACACCGACUUCGAGUUCCAUGAACUACCAUAAAGUGCCGAAAGGUAUUUAUAGAAAAUUGUUACAUAAAAACUAUUUUAUGUACCCUAUGGUAGUCAAACCAAAGAGGUUACUGCUCACGAAUUUUUGCAUAAAGCAGCUUUAUAUUGUAGAAAAAUCUUGCAAUAUAUGGCUUAUAUCUUAACUUGGAAUUGCCAGUUAUGCCUUAGUCCCAUGUUACAUGCAAACGAAACAUUGUCCGUAUCUUUGCCCGAAUUUGCUCGAAAUUGAAUCGAGCAACUGAUAGCGUUUUAGGCCAGGCGGGAGUCAAAAUAUUUUUUAUUUAUCUACUAUUUAACUAUAAAGAGCUCUUUAGCACUUCAUUUUUCUUUUCAAAUAAUACAAAAUCUCGAUCGGAGAAAGGAUCAGUCUAUAAUAGUAUACGUUUUCCCAUAUCUACUUUCAGCACAUAUGAAAUUUAUUUUAUUAACACCUUAAUCAAUUAAAAUAAUAUUGUAUUCUGCUAUCAGCUUUAUCAAUUUGAUGAAGAUUGCUUAUCGCUGUUUUGAUAAAAACUCUAUUUUAAUGCAGUGCGUAUUUAAUUAAUCUUGCUUUAAAAACCUUACAAUUUCUUAUACCUUCUUGCAUUGUAUGUUGUAUUUCCCUUUUGGAUAUUUUUUCUGCAGUAGGGAAACAAUUAGCCUCAUUGGAUAAUUCAUGGGACUUAAAAAUUCUUAUCUGAUUAUAAAGUAAAGAAAAAAAACGCAUUCUAGAAGGCGUUCAUUUUGACAGAUAAACUAUACAUUGCGUUGUUGGCUGCGUUGUAAUGACCAACUUUUCGAACAGAACAAUCAAUGUAUAUCGUGCUCCUGUCAAAAUGUUAGUGCUUACGUAUUUUUAACACGAAAUAAGCGUAAUGUGAUUAUACUUGUCUAUCUCACAAGAGCCAUAUUGUUAUAAUCAAUAGUUGUGUUAAAAUAUGAUCUCAAUUACAACAAGUACACUUAAUACGCAUAAUGUUUUAGUUAUUAAAUAGAGGUACAUCUUUUGUUUACGUAAUGUGCAGUGUUGCCAGUGUAGUGGUUUCUAUGAUCAUGGCAACACCAAAAAAAUAAUAAUGUUGGUAAUCUAUGGAACUAAAACUGUUUUAUUUUAAAUAUCACAAUGAAGGCUCUGAGCUAUAAAACAAUGCAUUUUAACUAAAAUGCCUAGUGCUAAUAUUAGUUAAGCUAAGCUUUAAGUAUACAGAUAAUAAAUUAUUUAAUAUUAGUGCUUUGAAAAGAAAUUAAACUAAGAAAUAUCGUGUUAUUUUACAAUGCUUGAAAUUCCAAACUAAAAAUUAAGCCUAAUUUCUUAUAAAAUAUCGCAAUUUCAAUAAUCGACUGAUAAAUGCAGUGUUUUGAAUUUUUGACGUAUGUCACAUUUAGUACUGCCAUUAU